UUUACAAUUUACAUUGUCAUUGUCAAUUUUAUCAAGUAAUCGCAAGUGGUAUACAAUAUUUAUAUACUUUUUAUUUAAUAACUUAAAAGAAACAUUAGCGUCAAAGAUGUCUCAGGUUAAAUCUAACAAGAAAUUCAAGUGGGCGUUGGACUUUAAUCAAAAAAAUAAAAACCAGGCUACUGAACUACCUUCGCCUCCAGGUUAUAGUCAGUCUGCAAACGCUAACUAUACUGAAUCAUCAAAAGACUCAGACUCCAAUUUACUUCUGAUUAAGAAAUUGUGGGAUGUUGCUCUUGGACCUUUGAAACAGGUGCCAAUGAAUUUAUUCAUAAUGUACAUGGCUGGAAAUUCUAUUUCGAUAUUCCCUAUAAUGAUGGUUGGCAUGUUGAUAGUGAGGCCAGUUAAGGCACUGUUUUCUACGCAGAGCACUUUUAAGAUGGUAGAAGGAACUCAGGCAUUGGGGCAAAAGUUUGUAUAUAUAAUUGGAAACAUAGUAAAUAUAUUCUUAGCAUUGUACAAGUGUCAAAGUAUGGGGUUACUGCCUACGCAUUCAAGUGAUUGGCUAGCGUUCGAAGAACCCAUAACAAGGGUUGAAUAUGUAGGAGGAGGUUUAUCCAUGCUUUAAGUGUAAUAAUAGACAAAUUUUGUUAUAUUCCUACAUUCAUUUAUUUAAACUCAAUUUAGCAAUAUUUACAUUAAAUAAAAUAUGAUCAA